AUGAUUGCAAAGGUUUUAUUUCUUGCCACUCUAACCGCAGCUGUCUACGCAAGCCAUCAUGAACAUCAAGAGCACCAUCAUCACCAUCCUCAACCUUACAAAUUCGGCUACGAAAUAAAAGACCAUUACGGAUCUCAACACAGACAUGAGCAUGGUGACGGCCACGGGCACGUUCAGGGAAACUAUGGAUUCACUGACCACAGAGGCAUCCAUAGGGAAGUCCACUACGUAGCUGACAAACAGGGAUUCAGAGCCACUGUGAAGACCAACGAGCCAGGAACCGCCAAUCAGGAUCCAGCUGAUGUUAAAUUGCAUUCCGAUGCCCAUUACACUCAUCAUCAUCAAGAAUCUCACAAACAGGGACACCAUCAUCAGGAGCAUCAUCAUCAUCAUGGACAUGUUCGUGUGUAUCAUCAUCAAGCAAACCAUCAUGGACACCAUCAUGGUUAA